UUGGUUCUCAACGUCAAGGACGUGGAAGCGUCCACCAAGUUUUAUACCGAAAUCCUGGGAUUCGAUAUUUCCCGGCAGACCGAGAUGGGAACCUUCCUCACCUGCGGCAAGAUUCACCACGACCUGGCACUGUUCAAGGCGCCGGUAGAUGCCUUGCCUGUGACGGCCGGCCAGCUUGGUCUGAACCACUUCGCCGUGCAGGUCGCGGACAUUGCUGACCUGAAAGAGGUCUACGAUACUCUUCAGGACAAGGGAGUAACCUUGGAUCACAACACCGAUCACGGUAUGACUUCCAGUGUCUACUUUAUGGACCCUGAUGGCAACCGGAUUGAGUUCUUCUGCAACAAUCAGGACGAUCCGUCUGAGGGUUUGGCCCUGAUGGGCGACAUGAACCGCCGCAAUACGGAACUGGUUUUCAGCUAG